AUGUCACUGAAAAAUAAGGUGGCCCUGGUAACUGGUGCGUCCUCCGGGAUGGGCCGUGCCAUUUGUCUCGCCCUCGCAGAAAAUGGUGCCAAAAUCGUUAGCUGCGACUUGAGAGCAGAGGCGAAUCCUUCUGGAUAUGAAACCGACAGGGAAAUAGCUACAGCCGACCUAGUUAUCAAGAAUGGUGGCGAGGCGAUUUUCCAGAGGGUCGACAUCUCAGACGCUGGUCAGUGUGAAAGUGCCUUUAGUACCGCGAUAUCAAAAUUUGGACGUGUUGAUAUCGUUGUGAAUUGUGCUGGGUAUUGGGAACCAUUCCGUGACUUCGUAGACGAGGACGACGUACUUUGGGGAAAGAUGGCAGCGGUCAACACCCUCGGGACAGCUAGGAUCUCGCGCCUAGCAAUCCGCCAAUUUCUGAAGCAAGAGGUAGAUCCAGCCUGGGGCAGUCGAGGACGAAUUGUGAAUAUUUCGUCUUGUGCCGCUGGUAUCGCUUUCCCGGGAGAGGUGGCGUAUUCAGCGACUAAAGCAUCAGUCAACCAUAUGACGCGAGCUGGGGCGAUGGAUCACGCAAAGGAUUCCAUUAACAUCAACUGUGUAUCUCCUGGCGUAGUGGCUACCGGUAUGGCGCGACAGAAUAUUGAAAACAAGGACAUAUUUGCUUUGAUGGAAAGGUCAACGCCUUGGCCGAGAAUUGGAACCGCUGGUGAUAUCGCCGGCGUUGUUUUAUUCCUCUGUCUUCCACCGUCUCAGUGGAUGACGGGACAGGUAUUGGCUGUGGACGGAGGCAUGACCUUGGGGGUUCCGCCGUGA